AUGGCGGACUUGGCACCCAUCGCAGUAGAAGAGGACAUUCUCAGCGACGUCGUUCCCAGCAACAUCGUCUCUCGCCAGCAAAGUGAAGGAGCGGAUGAUGGAGAAGAGGAGUAUAUUGAGGAUGGCGCGAGCAUGGAGGAGGAUGAACUACAGGACGACAAUGAUGACCAGGCACCUGGAACAAGCGCGCAGUCCCCUGCCAAAGUUGCUAAAGCUCAACAAUCCGCUCAACGCCAACAAAAGAAGCAAAAGCGGCGGGCUGAUGAAGACCAACUACACGCCAAGCGGCAGGUGAUGGACAAGGCGAAGAUCACCGAUGCCGUGAAACGCUACUCGUACCUUCUCGGUCAAACGGACCUUUUCAAGCACUUCGUUGAUGUCAAGAAAGCACGCGAUCCCCAGUAUGCUGCCCUCCUGGACGCGCAGCCCAAACCCAAGGGCAGAGGGCGGAAAAAGGCGACUGACCAAAGCACGCGGCAUCGCAAGUCGGAGAAGGAAGAGGAUGAGGAGAUGCUGAAAGACGGAGAGCUCGCUGCGGAUGGAGAUGACCAACCCUUCGUAUUUGAAGAGUCGCCGAGCUAUAUCCACGGUACCAUGCGGGCAUACCAACUGCAAGGCCUCAACUGGAUGGUCUCCCUCCACCACAACGGCUUAAACGGUAUCCUCGCUGAUGAGAUGGGUCUCGGUAAAACCCUUCAAACCAUCUCGUUCCUCGGCUACCUCCGGCACCACCGCAACACUGCCGGUCCCCACCUUAUCGUCGUUCCCAAGUCGACGCUUCAGAACUGGGCACGCGAGUUCAACAACUGGACGCCGGACGUGAAUAUCGUGGUCCUCACCGGUUCCAAAGAAGAGCGUGCGGAGAUCAUCGCCAACCGUCUCAUCCCGCAAGAUUUUGACGUCUGCAUCACGUCGUAUGAGAUUUGUCUCAUCGAGAAGUCUGCCCUCAAGAAGUUCUCCUUCGAGUAUAUUGUCAUCGACGAAGCUCAUCGUAUUAAGAACGUCGAUUCCAUUUUGUCCCAGAUCGUCCGGUCGUUCAUCUCCCGUGGUCGUUUGCUCAUUACGGGCACACCGCUCCAGAACAACCUCAAGGAGCUCUUCGCGCUCCUAAACUUCAUUUGCCCCGAGAUCUUCACAGAUUAUGCGGACCUCGACAGUUUCCUGCACCAGGGCGACGAGGGCGCGGAGAACGAGGAAGAUAAGAGCCGGAAGGUUGUCGAGGCCCUGCAUAAGAUCUUAAGGCCGUUCUUGCUGCGGCGUGUCAAGGCAGACGUCGAGAAGAACUUGCUUCCCAAGAAGGAAAUCAACAUCUACGUCGGGCUGACUGAGAUGCAGCGGAAGUGGUACCGGUCUGUUCUCGAGAAGGACAUCGACGCCGUAAAUGGUCUUACGGGUAAGAAGGAGGGCAAGACGCGGCUUAUGAACAUGGUCAUGCAGCUUCGGAAAGUCUCCUGUCACCCGUAUCUCUUCGACGGCGCGGAGCCUGGCCCACCGUAUACGACCGACGAACACCUCAUCCAGAAUUGUGGCAAGAUGGCUAUCCUCGACAAAUUGCUCAAGUCGCUCAAGGAGAAGGGCUCUCGCGUGCUCAUCUUCAGUCAGAUGAGCCGUGUUCUUGACAUUCUCGAAGAUUAUUCGCUCUUCCGCGGUUACAAGUAUUGUCGUAUUGAUGGAGGUACCGCGCACGAUGACCGUAUCGUCGCUAUCGACGAGUACAACAAACCGGACAGUGAGAAGUUCCUCUUCUUGCUGACGACGCGCGCUGGUGGCCUUGGUAUCAACUUGACGUCGGCCGAUAUCGUCAUUCUGUACGAUAGCGACUGGAACCCUCAAGCCGACCUGCAGGCGAUGGACCGGGCGCACCGUAUCGGUCAGACGAAGCAGGUUUAUGUGUUCCGGUUCAUCACAGAAGACACCGUCGAGGAACGGAUGCUUGAGCGAGCGGCUCAAAAGCUACGUCUUGACCAGCUCGUCAUUCAGCAAGGACGUCAGCAGCAGUCGAAGGCCGCUAGCAAGGAUGAGCUUUUGGAGAUGAUUACUCAAGGCGCGGAGAAAAUCAUCAACUCCGACCAGGCGAGUACGUCUUUCCUUGACGACGACAUCGAGGCCAUCGUCCAACGCGGCGAAGAGCGUACGCAAGAACUGAACAGCAAGUACGAGGGACUUAAUCUUGAGGACCUGAGCAACUUUAAGUCCGACAACUCCGUCCAGCAGUGGGAGGGCGAGGACUUCCGUGCAGGCAAAAAGGCACUAAACUUCAACAUGUUGUCGCUUUCGAAGCGAGAACGCAAGACAAACUACUCAGUUGACAACUACUUCAAGGACACCCUCCGGGCGGGCCAACAGAAGACCGAGAAGGCGCCUAAGAUACCACGUGCACCGAAGCAGAUCGCGAUACAAGACUUCCAGUUCUUCAACCCUGCCCUCGCGCAGCUGCAAGAACGUGAGCUUGCGGCACACAAGCGGACGAAUGGUAUCACUGCUACGUUGAGAGAACCUCAGACUGAGGAGGACACUCCUGAGAAGCUCGAGGCCGAACGAGCUGCGGCGCAAGAGUUCAUCGACAGUGCAGAGCCCCUGACGGAAGAUGAGCAGGCACUGAAGGAGCAGUAUAUGGAAGAGGGGUUCAGCGACUGGAGUCGACGCGACUUCCAGCAAUUCGUGCGCUCGUUGGAGAGCUACGGCUGGACGGAGGACUUUGAUCUGCUUGCGUCGGAGAUUCAGGAUAAAGGUCCCGAGGAGGUCAAGGAGUACUACCAGUACUUCAAAAAGCACUGGAAGGAGCUGUCUGAGUACCCGCGUAUAGCUGCCCGCAUCGCCGAAGGCGAAGCCAAGCGCAACAAGCGCUCCAACCUCGAAUCGCUCCUCGCGCGCAAGAUCUCGUCGGUCUCGUACCCGAUGCAGGAGCUCGAGCUCAACUACCCGACGACGAAGGGCAAGGUGUACAGCGAGGAAGAGGACCGCUACCUGCUUGUGCGGCUGAACCACUACGGGAUGCAGACCGAGGACGUGUACGAGCGGAUCAAGCGCGAUAUCAGCGAGUUCCCCGUGUUUCGGUUCGACUGGUUCUUCAAGAGCCGUAGUCCGCAGGAGCUGCAGCGGAGGUGCAAUACGCUGCUGGGCAUGAUUGAGAAGGAGGCGGAGCAGAAGGCGCAGGAGGAGGUGAAGACAAAGGGCGGUAGUCGGGGCAAGAAACGCGGCAUUGAAGAGGUCGCUGAGAAACCUGAAAAGUCGAGGUCACCGUCGCCUCCGCCACCACCCGCAGCCAAGAAGUCGAACAAGAAAAAGAAGACAUAG